AUACAACCAGCUUUAGCUUGACGUCCCGCAGCGGCGCGCGACAAGACCCAUUGAAUUUCAGACAGGCCGCCAGAAUCCCACCUUUUGACGACGCAUCGCCGACUCGAACCCCCAAACGACAGAUACCUUGCUCCCACCCAAAAGCCGCCCCAAUUGGCCCAAGCCAGGCUCGCCCGAAACCCCGUCAGCCGCCAGAUACCCGACACCGAGCCACCAAUGUCGGCCAAGUACGCCUUCAGCCAGGGCCUGAAGGAGGUCCGCUUCCUCUUCUGCCAGACGGCCGACCACAGCGCCGGAGUGAGGUCCUUCCUCAACCGGGCGUACCCGACCAUGAAGAAGAACAACCCCAACACGCCCAUCCUGAUCCGCGAGGCCGCCGGCACCAUCCCCAAGGUCUACGCCAGGUACGACCUCGGCGUCGAGAAGAGCCAGUCAUUAGAGGGCCUGUCGGACAAGCAGAUCGAGGACACGGUGUCGAGCCUUGUCGUCAAGCAGGCGUAGGGUGGUUAAAAAAAAGCAAAAAAAAAAAAGAGGAAUACGGGUUUGGUUCAUUAAGAAGAGGGGGGGACGUCGAGGGGUUGGCUCGUCCGUCUGCGACUUGUACAUAAAACGCCGGA